UGCCGAGCCCCAUUAGCUUAGUACCGUUAGCGCUUCAGAUGUGAUUAGAUUGGACUGCCGUACUGCUGAUGUGCCAAACAUGGACGCGUGACAAGUUUCCCUGGAUUGUCUUUUCCUCAUCUACUUCUGCCGCUUUUGACCGCGCACGCAUCCGCAAACGAUGUGAGACGCCAUGAUCCGGCUGGAGGAGGAUAAUCGUGCACCCCCAGUACACAGCAUGGACACCAAAAGGCACUCUGCUGAAAGGUGACCUCCAGGAAUUUCACCUCCACAAAUUAUUUGAAUAUGCCAGAACAUAACAAUGAGCUCCAACAGCACAGAUCCUGGUCUUUUCCUGACUGCCAGCACUCUACCACCAUUGGCUGCAGCCUACUCACAGUCCAAUGCACCCUAUCAAGGAGGAACUGGAGGAACGCCCGUGGUUUAUCAUGCUAUGGAUGAUAAUUCCUCUUCUAUCAGCAAGCUCUUAAACUCCUCAUUAGAACCCCAAAAUGGGAGUGCAACAGCAGCCCCUGAUCCCUUUGGUGGCCACGCUGUGUGGCAGGUUGUCCUCAUUGUCUUAUUGACUGGCAUGCUGUCACUGGUCACGGUCAUUGGGAACAUCCUGGUAGUAGUAUCCUUUAAGGUUAAUCGCCAACUAAAGACAGUCAACAACUAUUUCCUGUUGAGCUUAGCUGUGGCUGACCUUAUCAUAGGGGUCAUCUCCAUGAACCUCUACACAGCUUAUCUUGUGAUGGGCAAAUGGGCCAUGGGCAACUGGGCAUGCGACUUGUGGCUGGCUAUAGACUACGUGGCAAGCAAUGCAUCUGUUAUGAACCUACUGGUCAUCAGCUUUGACCGCUACUUUUCAAUUACUAGGCCUUUGACCUACCGGGCCAAACGGACCACAAGGCGAGCUGGGAUCAUGAUAGGCUUAGCCUGGUUUGUUUCUCUUGUCCUGUGGGCUCCAGCCAUCCUGCUAUGGCAGUUUCUUGAGGGUAAAAGGACAGUGCCCCCAGGGGAAUGCUACAUUCAGUUCCUUUCACAGCCUAUUAUAACCUUCUGCACAGCCAUGGCGGCAUUCUACCUACCUGUGACAAUAAUGAGUGUUCUCUACUGGCGCAUUUACAAGGAGACCCAGAAUCGUUCAAAAGAGCUAGCUGGGUUGCAGGGCUCGGGUGGAAUAGGAGCAAGAGGUGUAAACGGUGGGGGCGAAAGAGCCCGUUUUGUCCAUCAGACAGGAAGUUCUAGAAGCUGCAGCAGCUAUGAGUUGACCAGGCUCUCUAGGAGAAAGAGCACAUGUCGGGAACUGGUAGGCCGCUUCCACUGCUGGCCCGGUGUUCGCUCUUGGAGACCUGGUAGUAUGCGACAGGGAGAUGGUGAUCCAGAUCAGAGUAGCAGUGACAGCUGGAACAACAAUGACGCUGCAGUCUCUUUGGACCAGUCUGGGUCUUCAGAAGAUGAGGACUGUGGAGGUAGAGAUAUGAUUCCACAAAGUCAUGCUAUUUUCUCCAUUGUUCUAAGCCUUCCUGGCAUAAAAGCUGCUGUUAACUCCCAGCUAACCUCAUGCGAGGAUCUGGAUGGAGCCUCAGAGGAGGAUCCCCUUAGAGCAGCGGAGUAUAAUCGAGACAGUCUUUCAUCAGUAGCUCCAAACACAAUAGCCACUGUUACUCCGGAAGGGCAAAACAGUUCAGAAAAUAGCUACCACCAACGCUUCUGCUCACGCAAGAUUCAAUCAUUGUCUUCCAUCCAGGCUACUUCUAACCAUAGGUCUCUGGAUGGUACCCCAGUAACCACUACCACUGCCUCUGACAGUACUACUACCAGCACAACCACCAAGUCCCCCUCAGGUCCAAUGUCCUUCAAGGAGGCAGCUCUGGCAAAGCGUUUCGCUGCCCGAGCCCGGACUCAGAUCACCAAAAGGAAGCGGAUGUCCUUGGUAAAAGAGAAGAAGGCAGCUCAAACUCUCAGUGCCAUCCUCUUUGCAUUCAUCAUCACAUGGACACCUUACAACAUCAUGGUGCUCAUCAAUGCUUUCUGUAAAACUUGCAUCCCAGAAACUCUGUGGGCAGUAGGUUACUGGCUAUGCUACGUCAACAGCACAGUCAACCCCAUGUGUUACGCCCUGUGCAACAAGACUUUUCGUACAACAUUUAAGAUGAUACUGUUGUGCCGCUGGGACCAGAAAAAAAGGAGGAAGCAGCAGUUUCAGCAAAGGCAUUCUUCAGUGGUCUUUCACAGGAGAAUUCCCAGGGAGUCUACGUAAAGGACGGAAAGUUAAGAUUGCUUGUAACAGAAAUGAAAAAUGUAACACAGAAAGAAAAGAAAGAAACAUCAAUUUAAUUGUUUCUGUGGAGUUUCUUUAUCUAGAGAUCUUUAAUGUUUUAUUCUGCUAUGUCAAACACAGCAACCCAAUGUGGUGGUUUUGCAGUAUGUGUUUGUGUUGGUGCAUCCAUUAAGCAAAGCCGUAUAUAUGUGUGAAGGUUUGUGUAAGGUGAGGUUUAGACAUGAAGGUUGUGACUGUCCUUGAAGAACUUUUUAUCAUUUCAUGCAAGUACAGCAGCAAGAAAGCGAAGUGACAAUACUCGAAAAGGGCUUAAAAAACAAAUUGCAGGAGAAAUACUGAAGUGCAAUUGAUGCAAAUAGAGAGGAUGUUGUCACAGAGUUGGGGAUUACACUUUUCUGAUCAUUUCUCUCUGUGGGUAGUUUGCUCUGUAACAUUCAGAGUGGUUUUGCAUUUUAAAUAAAACUAUAUAUAUAUAUAUAUAUAUUAAAAAAUGUUCACAGGCUUCUACAUUUUAUUAAUUUGCCCAGCCAUCUUUUUGACUGGUAUGCAGUUUUAUUAAAAGUUUGGCACAUUGCGUUUCUACAUGAGCUCCUUUGUCAGUGUCUUUAAUGAAAUAUAAAAAGUUCUUAAAUUUUGUCCAUACAGUCGACAGAAAACUGUUAUUUUUGUGAUUUUGGUUUUUGGUUUUCUAGAGAUUUUGAGCCAGUCUGAAAAUGAUCCUUUUGAUGAACUGAGUUGUGAAUAUUUUGUGUGGCACCACAGUCAGUGAACCGCUGUUGUGUUCAAUGUGAUUGUUGUGGUUUGUAUGGUGGAGAUAAUAAGUACAAUGGUUGUGUUUUAUGUACUUGCAAUUUUCUGUCAAGUAAUGAUUAUACAGUAAUUAUAAUUCCGUUUGUGUACAUUUGGAUAUUUCUGAAUAUGAUACACAAAGAUUGCACACACACAGACACACUCACACACAAAUAUGUCCAUUUGUUUAAAAAAGUGUGUUUUGAUCUUACGUUAUCUUUUGAAUUUCCACAAAAUUUCACAUCUAACAACUCUUUUGUAAAAGGAUGGCAAUCUUUGAUAUAGUGGAACAAUGGCGACCUCUAGUGGUGUACAAAAAGAUCUGUUGCUCAGGCUGUUAACAGUUUAACUUCCACACUGCAGUAUCAAAAUCUGAAAUAUAGCGAUACAUAUAUAUUUUAAUUCAAUCUAAAAAAUUUUAUCUAAAUUUUAAAUGAAAACAGGUGACAAAUUCAAGAAAAACUACACUGAGGUGUUUAGAUUCAUUUGAGGGAAGGUUCGAUGCAGAGCAGUAUAAAGUUGUUCUGAAUACAAAUAAUCAUCAUAAAAUAAUUUUAUUAUGGUCGGCAAAAAAAAAUGUGCUACAACAACUAGCAUACAAAUUAAUGGCUAGAUCGUAUUAUAUUGAAAAUGAUGACAUGACUUUGGCUUAUUUGCUGUAUGCAAAGAAAUGUUUAAAAAUGUACCUGCCAUCGGUGAAUAUUUCAUUAGUUUUCAGCACAAUGCUAUAAUACAGAAAGCUACUUUUGGCUGCCCACUUAUUCACAAGGGGUCACCACAAGGGGUGGCUCUUUGUAUUUGAUCUGGCAGAUUUUUAUGCUGAAUGCCCUUCCUGAUGAAGCCCCUGAGGAAUUUGUAUCUUCUCCCAGAAACAAACUGGGGAUCUUUUGCUUAUUAGUGUAAACCACUACAGUAUGGAGCCACGGUACAGGGUCAGAAUACAUUCUUCAUCGAUAAAUGAGGGAUUUUUUGUACUGUAUUGGGAAUGUAAACUGCCAACAUUGUGAACACAACAGUUUGUUACAUUUUAAGUAUGCCAAUCAUACUCAUAUUUUAAGCCAAUAAAAAAAUAA